AUGAAGUAUUUCGAAGACCAGGUGGUGGCGGGGGAGUGGGAGGAGGUGGAGCGCUACCUCGCGGGCUUCACCAAAGUCGACGACAAUCGCUACUCCAUGAAGAUAUUUUUCGAGAUCAGGAAGCAGAAAUACCUCGAGGCGCUGGACAAGCAAGAUCGAGCCAAGGCUGUAGAGAUCCUGGUGAAGGACCUCAAGGUUUUCGCGUCGUUUAACGAGGAGCUCUAUAAGGAGAUCACUCAGCUACUGACCUUGGACAAUUUCCGCGAGAACGAGCAGCUGAGCAAGUACGGCGACACCAAGUCGGCGCGCAACAUCAUGCUGCUGGAGCUGAAGAAGCUGAUCGAGGCCAACCCGCUCUUCCGCGACAAGCUGCAGUUCCCCAACCUCAAGAACUCGCGCCUGCGCACGCUCAUCAACCAGAGUCUCAACUGGCAGCACCAGCUGUGCAAGAACCCGCGCCCCAACCCCGACAUCAAGACCCUCUUUGUGGACCACACCUGUGGGCCCGCGCCCAACGGGGGACGCACACAGCCGCAGCAGCCUGCUCCGCCCAACUCGCUUCUCUCCGCCGUUCAGCAGCAGCAGCAGCAGCAGCAGCAACAGCAGCAGCAACAGCAGCAGCAGCAGCCGCCCAAGGCCCAUCCGUUUCCCCUGGGGCCCGUUGGCGUGGGCGUGGGCGUGGGCGGGCAUGCGCAGCCACUGCAGCCCUUUCAGCCCGGGGGGCCGUCCGCCUCCGCCCUGGCGGGGUGGAUGGGCGGACAGCCGCCUGCAGCUGCGCCUCCCCCCCACGCCGUUGUGCCGCCGCCCCCUGCCAACCUGCCGCCAGGACCCAACCCAGCGAUGCUGAAGCGGCCGCGCACACCGCCAGGCAACCCAGUGGCGGUGGAGUAUCCGGGCACAGGGGACUCGGACAUGGUGCUCAAGCGCCCCAGAGGUGGCAUGGACGAGGUCUACGGUCAAGUCCCGCCCAAUCAGCAGCCGCCACCUGUCCCAGGAGCAAUCCCAGGCCCACCAGUACCAGCAAUAGGAGGCAACGUAGCAGGGGCAGGCCUAGGGAGUGCCGUGACUGCCGCCGCCGCCGCAGCAGCUGCAGCAGCGGCAGCGGCAGCAGCAGGGGGACAGGGGCCAGUGGCGCUAGGAGCAGGGGUGGGGUCGGGGGGCGGGUAUGCAGUGGAGGAUCUGCCUAAGACGAUUGCAAGGAACCUGAACCAGGGCUCGUGUGUCAUGACCAUGGACUUCCACCCCUACCAGCCCACGCUGCUGCUCGUGGGCAGCAACACGGGGGACGUGGCCAUAUGGGAGGUGGGGUCACGAGAGAAGGUGGUGGACCGCCCGUUCAAGCUCUGGGACCCGCAGCAGUGCUCGCCUCAAUUCCAGACGCUAUGGAUGAAGGAUCAAACCAUCGCUGUGAAUCGUGUCAUCUGGGAGCCUAACGGACAACUCUUUGGAGCGGCGUUCUCAAAGCACAUGGUGCACAUCUACACGUAUCAGAACCCAAGCAGCAUGGGGCAGCAUCUCGAGAUCGAUGCGCAUGUGGGUGGAGUGAACGACCUGGCCUUCUCUCACCCCAAUAAGCAGCUCUGCAUCAUCACAUGCGGCGAUGAUAAAACCAUCAAGGUGUGGGAGGCGAGCAGUGGGCGCAAGCUGUACACGUUUGAGGGCCAUGAGGCACCCGUCUACUCCGUGUGCCCGCACCACAAGGAGAACAUUCAGUUCAUAUUCUCGACGGCCAUAGACGGCAAGAUCAAGGCGUGGCUGUACGACCAUUUGGGGUCGAGAGUGGACUAUGAUGCCCCAGGGAAGUGGUGCAGCACCAUGGGGUACUCGGCUGAUGGCACACGUCUCUUCUCCUGUGGCACGAGCAAGGAGGGCGAGACGUCGCUGGUGGAGUGGAACGAGAGUGAGGGUGCCAUCAAGCGCAGCUACCUGGGCUUCCGCAAGCGCUCGCUGGGCGUGGUGCAGUUUGACACCACGCGCAACCGCUUCCUGGUCGCCGGUGACGAGUACCUCAUCAAGUUCUGGGACAUGGACAACACUUCUGUCCUUUGCACGCUCGACGCUGAUGGUGGCCUGCCGGCGAGUCCGAGGGUGAGGUUCAACAGGGAGGGCUCCCUGCUGGCGGUGACAGCAGCGGACAACUCGGUGAAGAUCCUUGCCAACGACAUGGGCCUGCGCCUCCUGCGCAACCUCGAGGCCGCCGCUGCCACCGCUGCAGCCGCUGCCGCUGCCGCCGCGGCUGCUGCAGCGGCCCAGAGGCCUGUGGACACCAAGCCGCCACCACCCGCCCUGCCCCAGCCUCCAUCACAGCAGCAGCAGCAGCAGGCUGUGCAGGCAGCAGCAGCUGCAGCCGCCGCCGCUGCCGCCGCCGCCGCUGCUCAGGCGUCUCAGCAACCUCCCCCUUCCCAGGCGCCAUCUCAGCAACAGCAGCAGCAGCAGCUUCAACAACAGCAGCAGCAGCUGCAGCAGCAACAGCAACAGCAGCAGCAACAACAGCAACAGCAGCAGCAACAACAGCAGCAACAACAACAGCAGCAGCAGCAACAGCAGCAGCAGCAACAACAACAACAGCAGCAACAGCAGCAGCAGCAGCAGCAGCAGCAGUUGGAUCGCUCAUCCCCUGCUUCCGCUCUUACUGCUUCGAGGCUGCAGGAGGACGGGCCAGACAAGAAGGGAUGGAAGCUUACUGAGUUCUCGGAGCCCUCACAGGUCCGGGCCGCCCGCCUGCCGGACAGUCUGCCGCCCAGCAAGGUGCUGCGUCUCAUCUACACCAAUUCAGGCGUGGCACUGCUGGCGCUGUCUGCCAAUGCCGUGCACAAGCUGUGGAAGUGGCAGCGCUCCGACCGCAACACCAAAGGACUGGCCACUGCGAGCUCUGUCCCGCAGCUGUGGCAGCCGGCGAGCGGCAUCAUGAUGACGAACGACACGGGCGAUGUGAGCUCGGACGACCGGGAGGGAGCGCACCCGGUGGCGUGCAUAGCGCUGUCCAAGAACGACUCGUAUGUCAUGUCCGCCUCGGGGGGCAAGGUGUCUCUCUUCAACAUGCUCACCUUCAAGGUGAUGACGACGUUCAUGGCGCCGCCCCCAGCAGCCACCUUCCUGGCGUUCCACCCACAGGACAACAACAUAAUCGCCAUUGGCAUGGACGACGCCACCAUCCAGAUCUACAACGUGCGGCUUGAUGAGGUGAAGAGCAAGCUGAAGGGGCACAGCAAGCGCAUCACAGGGCUUGCCUUCUCCAACGCCCUCAACAGCCUCGUCUCCUCCGGGGCUGACUCGCAGCUCUUCCUCUGGAGCACGGAUGGGUGGGAGAAGCGGAAAUCGCGCCCGCUGGCCCUGCCGUCCCGCUCGUCCCCGACGCAGCAGGCGGACACGAGGGUGCAGUUCCACAACGACCAGCAGCGCCUGCUGGUGGUGCACGAGUCGCAGCUCGCCAUCUACGACGCCGCCAAGCUCGACCGCCUGCGCCAGUGGCUGCCCCGCGACCUCGGCCCACUCUCCGCGCCCAUCACUGCCGCUGCCUAUUCGUGUGACUCGUCGCUCGUGCUCGCUGCGUUCGCGGAUGCCACUGUCUGUGUGUUUGACGGGGAUAGCCUUCGGCCACGGUGCCGCGUUGCUCCUUCGGCAUAUGCGCCGUCUGUCGGCCCGGGUCUUGUGGUACCAAUGGUGGUGGCCGCGCACCCGCAAGAUCCAAACCAGUUCGCUUUGGGUCUAAGUGACGGUUCAGUGCAUGUACUAGAGCCUUCUGAUCCGGAUGGCAAGUGGGGCCCACCCCUCCCUGCUGAAAAUGGUUCUGGGGCGGGUGCUAUGUCGACAGGUGGGGGAAGUGGAGGGGUCAUGGAUCCGUACAAGUUCAAGAAAGAGCCGCAGGAAGGAAAGAUAUUUGUCUUGUUCCUGCAGCCGCGACAGAUUCGGUUCUGCGGCCCGGACGAGCUGGACAGGUUCGAGGGCGAGGCUCGGGAAAAGGCGAUCGCGCGCAGCCGGCGCAGCAGCUGCCUGCCCGACUACAAGGGCGCGCUCGACGCGUGCCUGGCGCAAGAGGCACGGCUGAGGAAGAAGGAAAGGGAGGAGGAGCAAGAGGUGGAGGAUGAGGAGGAGGAGCGAGAGGAGGAGACGGAGAAGGAAGCACAGGUGGAGAAAGGGAGAGAGGCGGGUGCAAGUGGGCAGAGCGGCAAGAAGAGGAGAAAGGCAGGGGAGGAAAUCGAGGCUGACGUUGCACGGCCAGAAGCUGACGUUGCAGAGGUUGGGCCGGAGGCAGCAGUGACAGGAGAGGGGGAAGCCGCAGGAGCGGCGGGAGAGGGGCUGGUUGCAGAUGGGAAGGACACGGGAGGAGUGACGAGGGGAAAAGGGGGAGAGGAUUUGCACUCGCGUGCUAGGGCGGUGGCGGAGGCGGGGAACAAGGAGCAAGAGGAGCGUGAGAAGAGAGAACGGACGGAUGGAGAUGCAGACGGUCGAGUGGAGGAGAGAGCAGAAGGACGAGCGGAGGGGCGAGCGGAGGGACGAGCGGAGGGACGAGCGGAGGGACGAGCGGAAGGACGAGCGGAAGGACAGGCAGAGGGAGGAGCAGAGGGAGAGGCAGAGGAAACAGCAGGAGUCUUGAGCAAGGGAGCAUCGUUGGGGACGGAGAGGGCGGACACAGGCAGCCGAGAGAUACAAGCCGGUGUUGGACUAGAAGUUCAGUCAACCCCUCCUGGAGGGAGGGAGAGGCGGGCAGCUGCUCGGCGCGCUGCUUCUGCCCUGGCUGCUUCUUCUGGGGGCAAAGGCAGGGCGGGGAGGGGGGAGAGGGAGCAGGGGGAGAAAGGGGAGAAGGGGGAGAAGGGGGAGAAGGCGGAGAAAGGGGAGAAGGGGGAGAAGGGGGAGAAGGCGGAGAAGGGGGAGAAGGCGGAGAAGGGGGAGAAGGCGGAGAAGGGGGAGAAGGCGGAGAAAAGGGAGAAGGCGGGGGAGAAGGAGAAGGGGAAGGGGAAGGGGAAGGGUGGAGCAGUAGCUGGCGAGAUGGACGAGGACAUGAAGGUGGUAAUGGUCGGGAAGGGGAAGCAAAAGGGUACGGUCGAAGCAGCAAGGGCAGGAAGAGUAGUGACAAGAGCUCGAGAUAAGGAGGCGGCUGAUAUAAGAGAAGCAGAUGAAACGGCAGCAGAUGACAGAGCAGCAGCAGUGGAGGAGGAGGAGCAGGAGGAGGAAGAAGAGCAGCAGGAGGAGCAGCCGGAUGAGGAGCAGGAAGACGGUGAAGUAGAGGAGGUGGGGAGAGCAGUUGGAAAAGGGGUUAAGGCUAAGAAGGGCGGGGCUGUGGCGGAGCGGAGGAGCACACGGGCUAGUAAGAGAGAGGAGGAGGGAGGUGUGGCUGAGACGGAGAAGGGAGGCGCGAAGGGAGGCGCGAAGGGAAGUGCGAAGGGGAGCGCGAAGGGGAGCGAGCGAAGGGCGAGUGUGGCGAGAGGGAAGGGCGAGAAGGGUGGGGUGGUGGAGAGGGAGAAGGGUGGAAAGAAGGAGCGUGAGAGAAGGGCGAGUGUGGUGAGGGGAAACGGGGAUAAGGGGAGAGGGAGGGGAAAGGGUGGGAAGAAAGGCAGAGGGAGGGAGGAAGACGAAGAGGAGGGGGGUGCGGAAGAGGAGGGUGGAGAAGGAAUGGAGGUGGAAGAAGGGGAGGUUGUGGGUGAAGGUGAAGUGGAGGGAGGGGAGGAGGGAGGGGAGGAGGAAGGGGAGGAGCGAGCACAAGUGGAGGGAGAGGAAGGAGGGGCGGAGGGAGGGGAUGCAGAAGAGGAGGAAGACGAGAAUGUGGAUGAGAAUGGUUCUGAGGCGGAGAGUGAGGAGGAGGAGAGUGAGGAGGAAGAAGAGGAGGAGUAUGUACCCACGUCACAGAAGGCCAAGAGGCUUCGUGAAGAGGGAGGGGAAGUCAAGCAUAAGCAGCAAUCUGUCGCCGCACCUCGUCCCAAACCUGCUCCCAAGCCUCCCAAGGCAGCGCUCAAGGCUCUUGCCAAGCCUCGCGGCCAGGCUCGGUCCACUGCUGCUGCUGCUGCAGCUGCUGCUGGGGCUUUCAUUGUAGAGGGUAGACCCACCGUUGCAGCACCCAAGGGGAGGAAAGCGGAGAAGAGGAGGAAAGGGAAGGAGGCGGAGGGGGAGAGAGAGGCGGAGGCGGAUGACAUAGUCCAGGCUGGCAGUGCAGAGGACGUGGAGGAAGCGGCAUUUAGGUGGAUGGAGGGGUAUGAGUUCAACCGCACCCAUGCCACAGCUCAGCUGCUCAAGCUGCUAUUCCAG